GGUGCCGCCAUCGCCGCCCUGUUUGAGUCCUAUGUAGCUGCAGGGAGGCUGGCGGUGCCUUAGCCUCGGUGGCUGUACCUUCUGCAGAAGGUAGCCCUUUAAGAAGAGCGCUGCUCACGUCUGAAGCUGGAAAUGGAGCCAGUGACGUUUGAGGAUGUGGCUGUGAACUUCACCUUAGGAGAGUGGGCUUUGCUGGAUUCUUACCAAAAGGAGCUCUACAGAGAUGUGAUGAAGGAGACCUUUAGCAACCUGAUCUCCAUAGGGAAAACCGAGGAAGAAAAUAUUGAAGAGUACCAAAAUAUUAGGAGAAAUCUGAGCACUCAUGCGGUUGAAAAACUCUAUGAGUUUGAACAUGGUAUUCAGUAUGGAGAAACCCACCAACAGAUUCAAGCGCGCAUUGUUAAUGAGUACAUGCCUCCUGGAAUAGUAGUGUAUGAAAACAGUGUGUCUGAAAAUGAUGUCAUUGGCCUUUCACAGUCAGAGAUGCACCUCGGAAGUCCAAUUAUAGGCAAACCGUAUAAAGAUCAGGGAUGUGUGGGAAAGCCCUUUAAGCCUAAGAAAUGCUGGAAAGAUCUUACUUAUUCUGAGUCCUUUCUUACCCAUGAGAAUCCUUCCAGAGAGAAACCCGAUGGAAAUAAACAAUCUAAUGAGCCCCGCAGGAGCCUCACUUCUGAUCAAGGUUAUGAGACAACUCAUGCUGGAGACAAUCUCCGUGAAUAUAAGCAACUUGAAACUGCUCUCAUGGCGUGCGGUUAUGUGCAGUCAUAUGAAAGAAUCCAAGCUGGAGAAACACCGUUUGUGUGUAAGCAGUGUGGAGAGGCCUUCAUUAAUUCCAGUCUUCUUGUCAAACACCAUAAAAUUCAUACUAGAGAGAAGACUUUUGCAUGCAAGUACUGUGGAAAAGCUUUCAUCCAUCUGCGAGCAUGUUAUAAUCAUGAGCGCACUCACACCGGGGACAGACCUUAUGUGUGUAAACAAUGUGGGAAAGCCUGUAUUCAUUCCUACCACCUUCUCCAGCAUGAAAGAAGUCAUACCCGAGAAAAACUUUAUGCAUGUAAGCAGUGUGGGAAAGUAUUUGGGCGUUCUUCAUACCUUCGCAAACACGAGAGAAUUCACACUGGGGAGAAACCUUAUUUGUGUAAGCACUGUGGAAAAGCAUUCAGUGAUCCCACAACCCGUAAUAAUCACGAGAGAACUCACACUGGGGAGAAACACUAUGUUUGUAAGCAGUGCGGGAAAGCCUUCAUUCGUUCUUCUCAGCUUCUCAUCCAUGAGAGAAUUCACACUGGAGAGAAGCCUUACUCAUGUAAACACUGUGGGAAAGCCUUCACCUAUUCCAGUGCGUGUUACAUUCAUGAGAGAAUUCACACUGGAGAGAAACCCUACGUUUGUAAGCAGUGCGGGAAAGCGUUUACGUGUUCCACGUACCUUCACAAGCAUGAGAGAAUUCACACUGGAGAGAAACCUUAUUCGUGCAAACAGUGUGGGAAAGCCUUCAUCCAGCACAGGGCUUGUUACAAUCAUGAGAGAAUUCACAGUGGAGAGAAACCAUACGUGUGUGUGCAGUGUGGGCAUGCAUUCACUUUCUCAAAAUCCCUUCAAAUACAUGAGAGAAACCACACCGGAGAGAAGCCAUACGUGUGUAAGCAGUGUGGCAAAGCAUUCACAUGCUCUACAUAUCUUCACCAACAUGAAAGAACUCAUAAUGAAAAGAAAUCCAGUGGUUAGAGCUUACACCAAUGUAAAUCGUAGGAGAGUCUUUGUAUCCAGCUUACUUUUCUUGCAGGGAAUGAAGGAAGACUGGAGAGAAACCGA